UUAGAAGCUAUUCUUGGGUUUACUCAAAGUUUUACUUGAACUAAUAUUCGUAAAGAUGACUGAGACAUCUGUAUCUCCAGCUCUAGUUGAAGAGAAGGCUCCGGCCAAGGUCGACUCGCCCAAAAAAGCUGCUGCCAAGAAACCAGCAACGAAGGCAACUCAUCCAAGUGCUGCAGACAUGGUCACUGCUGCCAUCAAAUCUCUUGGUGAACGUGGGGGAUCAUCUCUUCAGGCCAUCAAGAAGUAUAUCGCUGCAACCUACAAGGUUGAUGUUGAAAGGCAAGCACCGUUCAUCAAGAAGUUCCUCAAGGCCGCCGUCAUCAAGGGAACUCUGGUUCAAACCAAAGGAAAAGGCGCAUCUGGAUCAUUCAAACUUCCAGUUGAAAAAGCUGCACCUAAACCUAAAGCUGCCGCGAAGAAACCCGCUGCUGCAAAGAAACCUGCAGCUGCCAAAAAACCAGCAGCCAAGAAAGCAACCGGUGAAGCCAAAGCUGUCAAGAAGCCUGCAUCACCCAAAAAAGCACCAGUUAAAAAAUCUGAGCCCAAGAAACCAGCCGCCAAAGCACCAGCCAAAACUAGAGCUGCUGCUUCUCCAAAAGCCAAGAAAGCUGCCAAGGCUCCAACAGCUAAACCUAAGUCACCUAAACCCAAGAAAGUUGCGGCUCCAAAAGCAGCUAAACCUGCAGCUAGGAAAGCACCUGCAGUCAGGAAUUAAAUACUCAAUCCAUUUGCAUAUACAUUUAAAAACAAACGGCCCUUUUCAGGGCCAAACAAAUUUUUCAAAACGGAAAGAACUCUUUGAGAUUUAGAAAUAGUUCAAGAUAUCGAUCACCCACGAUCUUCCUCUGUUGACCCUUAAUAAUUACAAUUCCUAAAUAAUAUUUUCAUCAUUACGAAGGUUUCCAUGUAAAUUUUGAUAGUUAAUGUCAUCUCCUUAAACAAGUUACCUAUUUUUCUAAUUACUUCAAUUGAGACUUUUAGUUUUUUAUUAUUCAUAUUUUUAGGUCUGUUGCAAUUUGAUUCAUGCUAUAAAAUUUCAUCUCGCUUCAUACUUCCA